UGUAAACAGGAAGUGAAAUCCUGGAAGCGGCGAGUUUAAUUCUGUUGGACUGAACGACGACAAAUAUUGAAACAAACCGAACACAUGACGAGUUGGCGGUCAGAAAAUAAAGUCUUCACGACUUGUUGCCUACUGAAGUAAGAUAAGCUGUUCUUUGCGGGCGUUAAGUUUGCCUCCUUUGUGCUCCAUCGAUGUCGGCUGAACUUUCUGCUCGGCUGCUAGACUUCACGUUUGAUGGUUGCGCACAGUCGCUAUGGGAGACAAAGAGCUGUGUCUUAUUGAUAAGAAAAUAACAAGUUUGCUAGAUAUUCCACAGAGUCCCACUGUAACAUCACUUAAUCUGCACUGCAAUCACAUCCAAAGCAUCGAGGGACUCACCUCAGCUUGGCACCUGCGGCACUUAGACCUUUCUUCCAAUUGCAUUUCUAAGAUUGAGGGUCUAAGUUCCCUCACUUCCCUGAGGACUCUAAAUUUAUCCUGCAACUUAAUCACCAAGGUUGAAGGACUGAAUGGCCUUGUGAACCUAACAAGAUUGAACUUGUCCUACAAUCGGAUAAAUAAUCUCACUGGCUUGUUGUAUCUCCAUGGCACGGAGUACAAGCUAAAGCACCUCAGUCUCCAUGGCAACAACCUGGACAACAUCGAUCAUCUCUUGCAGUGCCUUCUGGGAUUACAAGCUUUAAGAGAAGUCACUUUGAGCCAGGAUGGCAGAGACAACCCUGUCUGUAGGUCACCAGGUUUUAGGGAGAUUGUUAUGCAGUCGCUUCCUCAGAUCUCUGUUCUGGAUGGCUUAGACCGGCUGGGAGAUCCAUCACCUCCAGGUCUAGGCAGUCCGUGUGAUAUCCCCGGUCUUGAGGACUAUGUGGACCUCCUGCUCUCCUCAGAUACAAGCCACAAUGAAGCGGUUAAAAGUGAUGUCCCUCUCACAACACCCCGCAUUGACCAGCUGCUGACCCAGUUUCGCCAGCGUGUUGCCUCUGAAGCGCUCCCAGAUCCAGUCACACAUUCAGAUCCUCGGUGCUUCCAUCCGAUCCGUUCUGCCGUGGCUGACACAGCAGCCCCCGCUAAUGAACAGCGCAUCAGGAAACUAGAGCACCAGGUGUCUCGACUCAUUCAGCAGGCCCCCACAGCCAGUACGUCCUCUAACCAUUCGGUGGCGAUUGUACGCAAAGCCAAGAGGGACACAGACCGCACGUCAGAAAGCGAGUGUGACAGCGGGAAGGAAAACAAGAGGCGCACAAGGAUUCCCAAACAUCGUAACAGCUUAACAUCUACAGCGAGCACCAAGGAGCCCAGGGCUAGGAGGUCAGACAGCGAUCAGGAGAAUCAUAAACAGAAGACUUCAAAGUCUGCUGCGGGCACCAGGAGGAAGGCUUGCGGCACAGGAGGUACAGAGGCAGCAAGGCCAACAAGGAAGGGACCUUUGAAAACAGCGGCAGCCUCAGGCGAUGUGAAAACCAAGUCCGCUGAGGAGGAGGAAACCUACAGGACAAUUGUGGAGGAGCGUGACCAGGAAAGAGAGAGACGCUGGAAGGCAGAACAAGCUGUGAGGAAGUUAACAGAGGAGCUGAAGUGCAUGCAGACCAAGGUCGGCGAGGAAAAAGAUCUCCAGAGCAUGGCCCUGCACACCACAGACCGGCUGAAAGACUUGUUGCUGAAAGAGCGAUCGGGCCGCUCUGAGUUGCAGGCUCGUGUCGAGGAGCUGGAAGGGAGGUGUCGGUCUCUAACUCAGCAGCUGGAGCAGGCCCGCAGCAGUGAAGAACAACACAAGGCUGCACUGCGCAGACUGGAGGAAAGCAUCUCCCACGGAGAAGCACUCAGAGCUUGCCAGCAGGCUGAAGAGAUGAAGCGGCACCAGGAGCUGGAGAACAAGGCAGCAGCUCUGAGGAGGGAGUUGGAUAUCCAGAGAUCCUCGGUACGACAGCACAAAGACAAAAUACAGCAGCUGCAUGAACUGCUGGCAUCCAGGGAACAAGAGCACAGAAAACAGCUGGAGCUGCGCUUACAACCUGGCGGCGCAGAUUUUCGCGAGGCAGUGGCGAAGGAGGUGGCUUCGUUGGAAGAGAGACACAGGCACCGGGAGACGGACCUGCAGGAGAAACUGGCAGCGGGCCGGAAACAGUACGUCGCUCUGGAGGACGAGUUCCGCAUGGCGCUAACCAUCGAGGCUGCUCGCUUCUCUGAGGUGAAGCAGGCGUGUGAUGAGAUCACUGCCGAAGUGAUGGAGCUUAAGGCAACCCUCGCCCAGUGCCAGCAGAGGGAGAAGAAAUCAGGCUCUCUGGUGCAGGAACUCACAACAAUGGUCAAAGAACAGAAGGGCCGCAUCUCUGAGCUCAUCAAAGCUAAAAAAGAAGCUGUCUCAGAUCUAAAGAGCCGUCUGCAUUCCUUGGAAGCAGAGGUGGGACAGGACCGGCGUCUUGGCCUGCAGCUUGAGUUGCUCAAGAAAGACAAGGCGCGACUGUUGUCACAGCUCACAGCUCAGGAGUCGGUGAUAGACGGUCUGAGAGCAGAGAGGAGGAUCUGGGGACAGGAGCUCGCGCAGCAAGGAGCAUCCCUGGCUCAGGAUCGCGGUCGUCUGGAGGCCAGGAUAGAGGUAGUGAGCACUGAGCUGGAGACGCAGAAGAAACAGAAUGAGAGGGACAAUGACGCCCUUAGAAUCAAAACCAAAAUCAUGGACGACCAGACAGAGACUAUUCGCAAACUCAAAGAGUCCUUACAGGACCGUGAUGAUCAGAUCCGCAAACUGAGGGAGGACGCAGUCCAAGUGCAGAAGAGGUUCCAGCAGCAGCACGAGGAGGAAACAAACCAACUGACUGAGAUGAAGGAACGUCUGGAACAUCUGAAUUUGCGUAAGGAAGACCUGAAACAGCAGCUGGAAGACAAGGAGGCGGAGCUCGAGGAAGUCAGAAGAGUUUACAAUGAGUCCAGUAAGAAGUGGCAGGAGAAGGCGGACCUGCUCACUCGACUGGAGAGCCAGGUGAAGCGUAUGAAGGAGAACUUUGAUUCAAAGGAGCGCUUGUUGCUGGAAGAACGAGAUAAAGCAGCAGAAGCACACAAAGCUGCACUGGAGAAGUUGCACUGUGUGGAUGAUGCUUUUCGUCGACAACUGGAGUCCGUCCAGGUCGCCCAUCAAGCUGAGCUGCUACAACUGGCUAAUGAAAAACAAAAAAAGAUAGAGCAAGCCAAUCAGAAGGUAUUUGAAGUAGAGACAGAAAUGCGUCAGCUCCUAGAAGAGACGGAAACCAACAAGAGAAUCAUGGAAGACAAAAUGAAACGUCUCACGAGUGUCUUGAAGGACUUUUAACUCGUGAACUGUGAAUCAACACUCCGCCAUUGUUGUUUUAAAAUAUUUGUGAUAUUUAAAUUCAAACUUAUAUUUCUGUACAUUUUAGAACAGUAUAUUUUGCUUUAUCUAAAUAAACUCUCCCGUGAGCAUA